ACCAUGGAUCAGCAGAGAGGAAGCGAAGGGAGUCUUAAUGUGAGUGGAAAAUGGACUUAAACCUGACUAAAUUUUGUUUGAUUCUCCCAAUUUGUAUUAUUUCUAAUAUGGUUUAUUGUCUAAUAUUAUUUCAUUAGAUUGCUGUCCAACUAACCCCAAAUUUAUUGAUGAUUUAAAGCCCUGAAGUGGAUGCAUUGAUGAUAUAAGCUAAGUUAACUAAUUUACACAUUCAUUAAACUUUAAGUCCCUUUUUAUUUGAAUAUUUUAUGUUGAUACAUCUUGUUUCAAUUUCUUUGAUUGUUUGAACAUAAAAAAUCAUCCACGGAAGACAAAAGAAAAUAAAACUUCUAAACUGAAUCCUGGAUCCUGUGUUUGAAUGUUCACUCAGUAUAAGAUGUUAAAUGAGCCAGAAUCAGUUUCAUCAUAAAAUUUUACAACUAUUCUUCUCUUGUUCGGUCACAAUGAUGUUUUGGAAAAAUGUUGAUGGAUGGAUGGAUGGAUGGAUGGACUUUAUUGAUCCCAAACUGGUAAAUUUACAUGUUACAGCAGCGAAAAAUAGAAAAUAAGAUGAAAUAUGAAAAGUAUGUAUAUUGCAGACAAAAAAUACUAAAAAUAAUAAAUACAGACUAAAUAUACUAAACAUCCUAAGUCUAUGAAAAAACUAUCAGACAAUGUCAAAGUCUCUUGUUCUUUAAAUUUAAUCAUAUUUCUUUAACACGCUUAGAGCACUUUUUGUUGAAAUGUCACCCCCUUUUAUUAUUGUUUUGUUAUUUUUACCUUGUUAAUGUUGAUAGGGGUUUGUGCUGUUUCAAGUGCAGGCAUUUAUUUUCUCAGAUGAGUUCUUUGAAGAUUAUGUAUUCCAUUUCAAAUUGUAAUGUACGACAUUGGUAAUUCAAAGAAAGUUUGGAAAAAAAAAAACGAGCCGGUAUGUGCGUCAUGCAUUAAAUUUAUGUUUAAUGAAACUUCAUGUUGCUAAAAAUGAUGCAAAAUGCCUUUUACACAUAACCAUGGCAUUACUUAAAGGACUGAUGGGGUACCUGAAUCUUUCUCAUUACUACAAGGGAAGACUGAAUAAUUUGUGCACUUCUAAUGAAUCACACACAGUUUAAACCUUAAGACUUCAACAUGUUACGCAUGCAAAUCACGAAUAAACUGCCCACAAGCAGUAUUUGACUGGCUUUGAAUGAAGCAGGUCUUUUGUCCUCAUGAAAUCAAAUGCACCAAAAAUGAAUUCUAGCUUAUAGCUCCUAUGCAGAACUCUCCAUUUGUGUUCACUUUGGCGCCCCCUGCAGACAAAGCAAUAACUCGUAUUGUUGCUAAUUUGGACAGAGGGUGGUGUGAAUUGACAAAAAUCACCUAUUGCCUUUUCCCUGUAAAAUUUAAAUUAGUUAAUUGAGUAUGCUUCAAAACCUGUCAAAAACUCAUCAUAGGAGCUUUAAAAACAGAAACAAAACAAUGUCUCUGUAUUUGAUCCAUAUAUUUUCAACAACCAUUUUCAUUUACUAUACUAAAAGGGAAAACUGGUGCUCCAAAUGGAAAAAGUAGUGACAAUGAGGAAGGAAAUACUUGAAAAGUCUUUUAUUAUAGUGGCUAAACUGUUAAAAUAAGGCAACAAGUUUUGCUCAGAGAGGGCGUCAUUAGGGCUUGUGAAUUAUUUUCAUUCACUUGCUGUCAUUCAAAAAACUUCUAUGAAAUUAUUUGCAAUUAACCUGAGGGAAAGACAGAAACUCUUGUCAGUCUGCAGCUAUGACAGAGUGGGAUAAGCAGAAGCCUUAAUAAGAUAUCAAACUAUUUAUCAGUUGUGUUACAAAUAGUUAUUAAAAGGUGAAGCGGGGGUGUUCAGGUUGAAUGGCUAUUGAUUCAAAGAUAGUAUUUCAUGGAAAUCCAGGUGCACUCCUCUUUGACCAUGUUGCUGUUUCCCAGGUGGGAUAAUAUGUGAUGACUGCACAAGGCAAAUAGAAAAAUCCUUGAAAGAGGGUCAGAUAAAGCACCCUAUAUAAAGACCUUACCUCUAGUACUGUUGCGUAGGUGUGAACUAGAUUAGUGGAGUACCUGACUCUUCUUGCCUUGCUUGCUGCUGCCUGUACUUUCUUUCAUUUGCUUUUAUAGAUAAAAUAAGUGUCAUUGGGUGAAGGGGUAAAAAGUAAUCGUGAAGGGUUUGCGUAACAGUUGCUGGGGGAUGACAAGAAUGUUGGAGUCUGAGUGCAGAAAGACUGAAAGACUCUGGAAGACUGGGAAAGACUCGGAAGAGAUUCCAUAAAAGAAAAAAACACGUUGGAAAACUUUUGACAGAUCUAACCUUUUAUACUCUUGAGGCAACUACCCUGAUCAUCUGAGGUGCUUGGAUGCCCCCAACAUGCUCUGUGCUGGAUUUUUUUGAGGGUGGCAGUGACUCCUGCAUCUCUGCUCACACACUUUUCCUCUGUCUGUGUCCUACCAGGGAGACUCUGGUGGCCCCGUGGUGUGCAGCAGUUAGCUGCAGGGUGUGGUGUCCUGGGGUCAUGGCUGUGCCCAGAGGAAUAGAGGUGGAGUCUUUUACAGCUGAAACACCGGCUUUGAAAUUUCUAACGAUUUCAUCUUAUUUUCUGAUGUAUACACUUUUUAGUUGAGUUGUGUUGAAAUAAAAUUUAUUUUUCAUACAAUAUUUGUUUUGAUGUUGUUUUUUAGUCGUAGCCAAUGUACUGAGAUCUUGCUCAUGUUUCAAUCAGAUUUUAUGCAGACACCUCUCAUACAUAUUGUAUGAGUCAGGUUUCAAAUUUUCUUCAAGUAUUAAAAAAUGUUUCUUUUGGGUUAUGGUGAUGAAGCAGUCAACUGUUCCAUCUGUAUUCUAAAACUAGAUAAUAUAUAUUAACAGGUGCCCUGUCCGAAAAGAAAAGACUAUACAUCCAUGACAAUCUGUAAAAGAGUUGAUAUUUAUGAAUAAAGUAAAGUUGCAAUGGCAUAUGUUUAUAGAUUUUCAACAUCAAAAUCCAUGAAUGCAAAUAUAGAGCCAACCUCUGGUUACUGAAGUAAGUUUUGCUCAUAAAGUCUACAAUACUGGAUUUAAAAUAAGCAUUUAUUUUAAUGUUUAAACACUGAUGUAUUUACAAAUUUCCAUUUUGUUGAGAGGAAUAACAUAACUCUAUUUUAUUUCCAUUUAUGUGGUGAAAAAAUAUUGUUUCUUUCAAAUGCUAAUAUAUAAAGUUCAUACACAUAAAAUACAUUCUUUCUAUGGAUAAAUCUAUUUAUCAAAUAUUUGUUAAAGAGAAAAAUCAGAAUCAGAAUAAUGUAUUUCAGUUUCUUGGCUGCUACAGAUUUUAAUCAACUAAGUUUACUUUUGAUAAGAAAGGCUGACCAGCAGAACUAGACAAAGAAAAAGAAUACCAGUAUUAAACUGAAAUCAUCAGUAUGUUAACCAUCAAAGUCAGAAAUUUGAUUUAUGUUCCUUAACUGAUUGUUCAUUAAGUAUACUUUUGUGUUUUACAUAACUUGACAGACAAAUUAAAUCUCAGAGAGAUUACAGAUAAAAAUUUCACUCAAAUUUUAAUCAUGAUUUCAGUUUGAUGCCACAAACGUUAUAUUAAGCGUUACAAAUACAUAAAUUAGGUAUUAAAAAAACAUACAAAUGUACGUUUCAUGUGUUGUUGUGUAUUUCUUUGUUCUGUUAAUAUAACAUACAAUAAACUAAGAAAAACACUGAGAAGGUUUGUAUUAGAUGAACAUAAAUAAAUCAGUCUGUGGUAUAGUACCACUGUAAUUAGUAUGUUUGUUUUUUGACAGUAACAACUGAUCAAACACUGAGGUUGUAGACUCAACCUUAAGCUUUUUAAAAACUGUUUUUAUUUUUGAUAUAUAUCUUCUGCUGCACAGCAACCUUAAACUCAUUGAUAAAUAAUUAAGUUAAUUUGAUGUGAUCUGAUAAAAACAAAAUGAUUCUUGACUGUCUGUAUGGACAACAUUUAAGUCAAUGAACAAUAUUCAGUGUAUUUAUCAAACAAUUACUGCAUAAAACACAGAGUAACAGGCUUUAUUUGGAUUUGGAAAAGUCCGCUGACAUAGAGAGUCUUCUGUAUUUACAUUUAUAUAUAAAUAUUUUAAAUAAACACAGUAAAAGAGGCACCUGUGUUGAAGGGUUAAUAAAAUCGCAUGUAUUCCUGGAGUUACUAAAACCAAAUAACAGGUUAUCAGUAACUUGGCCUUGGUUCUCCAGAUGCGUUUUCACACACAUUACUCAGCAAGAGAUUAGUAAAAACGGAUAUACUGUACGUGUCCUUGGCCAAUCAGAUAUCAGCGGGGCAAAGAGGGUUUAAAAGGGAGCUGAGGAGCACCAUGACCGACACCAAGGCUUGGACAGGAACCACCAUGAAGGCUUUCAUUGUUUUGGCUCUGUUCGCUGUGGCUUGUGAGUAUGAAACUCCUCCGCUUUGAGAGUCUUUUUGUCCCUUCAAUGGUCAACUUGACUUUUUCUACUUAAACUCUAAAAAACUGAUGCCCAGUUAUACUCAAUUUCUGAUGAACUCUCUUAAUGUCAGAUGCCGCUCCCAUUGAGGAUGACAAGAUUGUUGGAGGCUAUGAGUGCAGAAAGAACUCUGUGCCCUACCAGGUCUCUCUGAACUCUGGCUACCACUUCUGCGGAGGCUCCCUGAUCUCCAGCACCUGGGUGGUGUCUGCUGCUCACUGCUACAAAUCGUAAGGAAAAACAUUUCAUCUACAUUCAAAUAAAUUGCACUAAACUCUUAAUUUAACUCUCCAAAACUGUAAAUUGGGGACUCUUUUACAAGUACACCGUCACAGUCCUGUCAUACAAUCCUCAUGUGUAUCUCUGCAGCCGCAUGUCUGUGCGUCUUGGUGAGCACAACAUUGCUGUCAAUGAGGGCACAGAACAGUUCAUCAACUCUGCCAAGGUCAUCCGUCAUCCCAGAUACAGCAGCCGCAACCUGGACAAUGACAUCAUGCUGAUCAAACUCAGCAAGCCUGCCACCCUGAACAGCUACGUCCGCACCGUGUCCCUGCCCUCCAGCUGUGCCAGCUCUGGCAGCCGCUGUCUCAUCUCUGGAUGGGGCAACAUGAGCAGCUCUGGAAGUCAGUGAAAGACUCAAUAUAUAGAUUUUUAAAAAGCAUGUAAGGGAAAACGUUUGACAGAUUUGAUCUUUUAUAAUCUUUAGGCAACUACCCUGAUCGUCUGAGGUGCUUGGAUGCCCCCAUCCUGAGCGACAGCAGCUGCAGGUCCUCCUACCCUGGUCAGAUCACCUCCAACAUGUUCUGUGCCGGCUACCUCGAGGGAGGCAAGGACUCCUGCCAGGUACCAGCUGAAAUCUUCAUUAAUGUUAUCCUAGUUUAUCAAACCAAAUGUCACAGCAGCUUUGCUCACAUACUUUCCUCUUUGUCUGUGUCCUAUCAGGGAGACUCUGGUGGCCCCGUGGUGUGCAACGGUCAGCUGCAGGGUGUGGUGUCCUGGGGUUAUGGCUGUGCCCAGAGGAACAAGCCUGGUGUCUAUGCCAAGGUCUGCAACUACAACUCCUGGAUCCGCAGCACCAUGUCCUCCAACUAAAGCCACUUAGAAAAACACUAAACUGUGUUUGCCUUUAAUAAAUUGAAAAAAAAAAGAACUUAACUACACUUACUGGACUUAUUUACAGUUACUCUGGUACUCAACCUUAUUUCUCUGAGCUUUUCAAUAUUUUUAGACGAACCUGAUUUUUGUACAAAUUCAAUUUUCCUGUUGAAAGAGAAUUUUGAUGCUCCCACCCACAUCAAUAUUCCAUCACGAGAGAUUGAGGCGUGUGUGGUACAGCCUCAGUUGGGACAUGACUGAGGUUUAAUCUUGCAGCACUUAAAUUUUUUAGUAUGAUAUUUGACCCUUUAUGGACUUCUGUGGCUAAGCUUUUUCUACUGUAGUGGAAACUAACCCUCCUAUGCUUUUUAACAGCAUUUUUUACUUAAAAACUCCCAGAUGCCUCAGUUGACAAAAGUUACACGCACUUUGUGCAAAAUGGAGUUAAAAUAUUCUUAAAAUUGAUCUUUAUUCCAAGAUCUUGCGGUUUUCAAAAAAAAUUUGGGGUGUUAAAAAAUGGCUUAUGACCACAUAUUGAUACAAAAGUGAGCUUUAUUGAAGACAAACUAUGGCAUCAAGUCAUGUACAACAAGGAAACCUCCUUUAAAAGUGUUCAUAUUUCAAACAAGUCUGACACUGAAGGACGAAAAUGUUAGGUUUUCAAAGGUAAACAAUAACAAGUGCUGAACACUUCUGUUGCACUUGGAGACAAUUCCACAUCACUUGGAUUUGGCUGUCACAUCACCCGUGUACAACAGACUGAACUCUUUACAAGACAAGUGCAUGAAAAGAAAAACGGAUUUUCACUUGAAAAACUGAAUACAAGGUGAUGCAAGUCAAGUUCACGGACCAGAAAUAAGCAAGUCUUAGCAUCCAUGAUUUCAAUUUUUACUGUAGCAGUUGAAAUUUGAAAAACUAAAUGCCUGUUUCAUUACUCAGUCAUACUACGGCAUUGUGUUAGUGCAUUGCAAUAUUUCUUGUCACUUUGACUAAAAAAGUGUCGGAAGUAUGAAGGAGUUUUGUAGUCAAAUUUGUUGAUUUUCUUUCAUCCAAAAAAAUAUGGAUAUGUAAUGAAGGCAACAAAAAUAAAUGAGGGCACAGUGGUAAUUUCACUUGUAUAUUUAUGUUUUAUCAAAGUAUAAGAUCAGUCAUUUAACAAAGGUGUAUUUUCAGCCAUAUUGAAUCCAAAAUAGUCUCUUCUCUGUCUAAUUCACCUCUCUGUUCUUUUUAAAAGGAAUAGAGAAUACAGAAAUGUGAUCAGAUGGUUCUGCAUGAAGAAAAAUGGAAUUUGUUUCCCUUUAUUUUCUACAUUCAACGUGUUAUUUUGAGUCUGAAAACUGAAUACAUAAAGUUGAGCAAACCUUAAUAUUGUUUUUGAGGAGUUUCAAGACUAUAAACCUUUUUUGGAAAAUUGACUGAUUCCACAUUUUAAGCUUGGGCUACAAAACCCCUGUGUUAACAUGGUAAAAAAAAAAGUUGGUGUAGAGAAAGCUGAGUGAGAGGUGAUUCAGUAAAUCACACCUGGCAUCGAGCAUGCUGCAAAUAGUGUUGAUAAAGGUCUGAAAUGGCGGGAUAUGCGUUGCCACAAACCGCACACUUCAAGCCCUCUGAAGACCCUUCACUUGAUGUGCUCACACCUUGGGUCCUACACCUUUUCACAGUCCUCAGUGGCGUAAUGGGUUUUCUGAGUGUGUUUUCAACCAUUCUAUCACAAUUGUUUUCUCUUGGUUGAGGAGUUUUACUCGACGCAGCUCCCUGAUUGUGGACAAAAGAAACCAUAUUCACUCGAGACGGCUGUUGGAUAGUUGGAUCUAGAAACUUAGAGGAGGUGGUCAGAGGAGAGUAGCUGUGCUCAGAUCCUGUAUGUAAUGCAGCCAUGUGGUUAUUUAGAGGAGGAUUCAACAUUUUUCUGUUUAACUGUAUAGUAUGAUCAUCCAUGGAGAAAUCAUAAUCAGAGAUCUUAUGCAUGUCUUGCACUGAGGAAUGACAAAGCUGGUGACUAAAGAGUAGAUCUAGGGUCCUAAAGCUGCACCUGCACUGCUCACACUGAUAAGGCAGGGAGACUUUCCUCGUCCUGACCUGAACCCACCGGUAUUCUGGGUGCUGGCUCAUGUGCUGCUUGUACAGCUCCACGAAACGAAAACCUUGCCCACACUGUGGACAAGUGAAGCGGCCGUGCCUCUGUCGAUGAAUUCUCUGGUGGUGCCAGAGUUUCCUCCAGUUCGCGAGAGUCUUACCACAGCAAGCACAGGUGUAACUUUUAGCUGGGGCAUGAGUGAGCAUGUGAGCUCGAAGUCUCCCCAUGUGUCUGAAGAGUCUCCCACAACUUGGACACAAAUACUUCCUGGGAUCUGAGCGGUUGUCCAGUUUGUUUAACUUUGACACAAAGUGUGGGAUAUGGUGAGCAGGUAUGACAGUUGACUGGAACGGUUUUUUUAAGUUGGCUUUCUUACGGCUGGUCUUCGGCGGUUUUCUCUGCGUUUCACCAUUUGCUGCUACGUGAGAGGACGAGAUGUUUUGUCCCAAUGAAAACCUACCUGUAGGCACUGCGUACUGUAUUAAGGUCAGUGUCUCCUCCUCUUUUAUUGCAGAGCUGGAGGUGCUUCUCUCACCUCUGCACUGACUACGAUGGGCAUUGUACUCGGACAGCAAACCAAAGAGCUUGUCACAGUGUAAGCAGCGAUAUAGCUCUGCACCACUGUGCGCCUUCAUGUGGCUGUUAAACUCCUGCAGGUGGUCAAACACAUUCUUGCAGAUGUGGCAUGUGUAUGUAAGUGAAGGCUUUCCACGUCUGUUGGGCUGGCAGUCAUUACCUCUGUCUUCAACACAAGUGUGAUUUUUUGCAUUGCUGUAGUGACUGAAGGAUUUUUCACAACGUGUGCAGUUAUAACGCUUCACGGACCAGUGUGUCAGCUCAUGAACACGCAGGAAAUAGGACUGACCAAAAGCUUUGCCGCAUAUGUCACAUUUAAAAGGCUUCUCCCCGGUGUGAACACGUACGUGUCUGAUGAGAGCAGACUGAAAUGGGAAUGUUUUGCCACAGUACUCACACACUUUGUCCCCUCUUUUUUCCUUGGGAACUGGUCCCUGAAGUCCAGGACUGUUGUCAUGGUUGGUCUCUGUGCUGGGAACUUCAGGUUUGUUGAUCUCAGGGUCCUGAUCCAGCACAUUUGCAUGACUGCUCAUAUGAGCGGCAUACUCAGAAGUGAGGAUUCUGCCGUUGCAAAUCUGACACUUCUGAUACGAGUCAUUCUUCUGGUGCACCUUAAGGUGAAGAUUCAGGUUAGAGUUUUUGCUGAAACCUCUGCCACAUUCAGGGCAUUUGAAGGGUCUUUCUCCUGUAUGAAUACGCUGGUGGAUGAUGAGCUGAGAGAGAAAUUUACACGUUUGCCCACAAUAACCACAUUUCAACAGAGUUUUCCCCCCUCGUUUAAUGUAGGUGAAAUUUGUAACAUUAUUUGGGACUUCCUGCCCCUCCAUCUUCUCAGGGUCUGCUUUUGGCUGAGCUUCACCACUGCCCUCAUGGACUUCUGCUGGAUCUACUCUUGGUAUGAAUACAUUACUCACUCUCCUCCUUCUCUUGGCACCUUUCUUGCGUCUCAUGAAGUUUCUAUGACUGUUUGGAUUCUCAGACUGAACUGGAGGGAAGGCAGCGUAUUGUAUGGAUUUAGUGGUAUUUGACUGUGCCACCGAAUUCAGCUCUAUCUCCAUGUUUUCGGCUUUCACUUCAGGGAGGUCUCUGACAGUCUUAGGUGAUUGUCUGACUGAUGUUAUGACUUCUGCACUGGAGGGCCCUGAGUUCUGCAAGUUUGUGUUCUCUGUAGAUUCAAGCAUGCUGUUCGAUUGCGAUAUCUGGCUGCCACUCUCAUCUGAAGACGGUUUUAUUUUGUCAUUGUGAACGGGACUUGGCGAGUUUUUUCUGCGGGGGCUCUCUGAGGGAAUAACUUCCGGCUCAGCUAACUGCAUGGAGGAUGGCUGCAGAUUUCUUUGUGACGACACGCUUUCCUCUAGUUCUGCCUGCUGCUCUUUGUCAGGCUUCGGUGAUCCCUGGCUGCCCUUUCUAUCUGUAUCAGUCUCAGGGGUUUCAGUGUUUAAUUCUACCUGCUUAUCCGUCUCUCUUUUCUCCCUACAGCAUGUAUCAUUGCUCAACACUGCCGAGACCUCCUGGGAAACAUCUAGCCUGGACACUUUAGCUGGAAUUUGCUGAUCAGCCAGUUCAGCCCCUCGUCUCUUUAUAUCUUGAAAGUUAAAUGUAUCACUACUUUCUAUGAGAAUCUUGGCAGUUUGCAUGGGGUCUACCUUGAUAUCAGAUUUAGUCUCUCCAUCCGGUGUUGAAGGAUGUUUCUCUCCUCUACUCCUUAGUACCCGUCCAGGUCCACUUACUUUGUUGACACGAGGCCUUUUAACAGCAGCAGCCUUGGGUGAGACACCUUCACUUUGACCUUUUUUUGGUC